AUGCAGCUUGAAGAGGGACUUCGUAUGCGUGAAGAACACCACGCUGGAAGAGACCGUCACUCGGCUGUGCGUCGAAGCACCAAUAGGUGGAGAGCGCCUGCGUCUCGGAAUGGCGCACUAACUAGCUACGAGCGCUGGGUGAAGGUGAUCGCGCUGGGCUCGCUGAGCGUCUGGACGAUCUUCGCUCUCUUUUUCUGGCACUCCGGCGUUGGUCCUGCUUCACAAGUCACAGGGACAUUGCGGCUGCCAAGUGGUGAUAGCGUGAAGGCGUUCCCGGAGGAGACGAACUUUAUUGCGAUUGGAGACUUUGGCACGGGCAAUGAGAGCCAACGCAAAGUGGCGUUGGCCCUCGAGAACUUCACGUCGAGGAUGGAUCCGCCCCUGGCGUUUGUAUUGUCCACAGGAGACCAGAUCUAUGACCAAGGGAUCGAGUCCGUUGCGGAUCCCCUGCUUUCGACGAACUUUGAGCAGAUGUAUACACACGCCACUUUGCAAGUGCCGUGGUAUGUCACAAUUGGGAACCACGACUGCGAAGGAUCGAUUGAUGCCAUGCUCCAGUAUGCAGAUAAGAAGGACUCGUUGUGGUACAUGCCACGCCGGUAUUACUCCGUCGAUCGUCCAGUGGCACCCAAGACAAUCCUGAGACUCGUUGUCAUUGAUGCUUGUGAUUUGGUCUGUGGUCGCGAGCCUCGCGACAUUCGCUGCAAGGAACGAAUGAUCGAGCAGUCCUCUGCAGCAACAAGACAGUCGCAGUACGAGUGGAUUGAAGCAACGCUGAGUGCUGGUAAGCCAGCCGGUGUGGACCAAAUGUGGACGAUCGUUAUGGGCCAUUGGGGCGUGUACAGCUUCGCGGGCAACGCCGACACGCCCGAGUUGAUCAACGUGCUGGACCCGAUGCUGAAGAAGUACAAAGUGCACGCGUACUUCAACGGCCACGACCACUCGAUGCAGCACAUCCGCAAGGUAGACACGAACAACAGCUCCAUUAUCCGCAACUACUUCGUUUCUGGUGCUGGUGGCUACGACAUCCACGACCUCCAACCCAAUGCGCGUGCCAAUCCUGACCUCGUGCACGCAGCCAUGACGUAUGGCUUCAUGUCCGUGCACGUAACGAGCACGUGUCUCCGCGUGCAAUUCGUCGACGACUCGAGCGAUAUCCUCUACACCACCAACGUCCAAAGCAAGUAA